GUUCUGUCAGUCUCCUGAGCGACGGGACGGCAUCAACAGGGGGGGAGGGGGGGAGGAGGAGGGGGGCCAGAAGGAGGCCGGGCCAUGGCGGGCCUCGCGCGGGUUUCACACAGCGGCCUCUUGGGCACCCCGGUGGAGAGUCCUGGAGGUCGGAGGCCAGCCCGCUCAGACAGGCGACAGCUCAGCAUCCCGCUCCCCUUUCCGCCGCCUAAAGGGCAGCCCUCGGUCCGCGAAAGCCUUCCCCCAGAGGCCACGUGUGACUCCCUUCUCCUGGACCUCGACGAGGACUUCAGUCGCUGGGAGACGUCCUCAGGUGCGGCGCACGGCCCCAAGUCUCACGGCGGGAUGUACGCGCAGCCCGACCACCGGCUCUCCUCUAGGAUCAGAAAGACGCUGGGGAUCAAGGAAUUGGGAGAGAAGCUUCAGCUCCGGCCCCGGCGGUACCCCUUGAGCAUGGCGUACCAGAAAAGCGAGAUGCGGGAGAAGUACCCGGGCUGGCCCAACCUGGGCACCGAGACCAGUCCAGGGCCAGAGUUUUGGGACCGAGCCAGCCAGGCCCUCAGCUCCUCCAGCAAGGACCCGGCCCUGUCCGAAAAGCCCUUCUUCGAGCCCUAUCUGACCACAACCUCCCGGGACUUCCGCUACUACCCGAAGAAGGAGCUGAGUUUCCCGCCCUGGAGUUUCCGCAGCCAGCCUCCGUCGGGGGCGCUCCAGCCGAAGCGGCCCCUCCCCCAGGAGCCCUGCGCCGACCAGCCCGUGGCGCGCGUCCCCCAUCGCGGGGCCUUGUCGCUGAUGCGAGAGUCCUACGGGCCCUUCCAGCAGUCGCUGCCCCGGGCUGAGAGCUCCCGCCCGGGGGAGGCCCGGCCACGCCCGUCCCUGCCCAGCCUGCAGGCCCUCUACCGGACCGAAAGCUCCCGUUACGGCAGCCUCAAGCCCGACUUCGUCUGAACCGUGUGCGUGGCUCCGGGGCGCAGGGGGCGGGGCCUCUCCGGGCACGCCCCCGGCGCUGGCCACACCCCCUCGGGCCCCGGA